GUUGUUUGUUUUCAGUUGCACGAACGACAGUGCCAAGUGUUGAUGGACCCUUCUGCUGUGACCAUCUCAUCGCUGACACUUGAUUAUGGACAACCUUGAGACUCUUCUAGAGGAACUAGAGAGAUUUGAAAAGAAGGGUGGCAAUGGAACAUCGAAGAUAUUAGAAGAAUAUAUUCAGCAUGUGGCCAAAACUGGAGAUCCUUUGUUCCCCUGGCAUAGAAUCCGGUAUUUCAUGAGAUUUAUGUUAGCAACUGUUAUGAAUGACUUUUAUGAAAAUUGUGGGGGUGAAGAUGUUGGAGAAUGUGGAAAUGUACCAGCAUUUUCUUAUGUUCCUACGAGGGAGAAGAUCCUUCACCAUUUUGAUACUUUUUCAGGAGCUCCUUUUACCAUACAGAGACUAUGUGAAAUAAUGAUUGACCCUACCAGACACUACAAGAGGACAGACAAGUUUUUGCGGGGCUUAGAGAAAAAUGUCUUAGUUGUAUCAACCAUUGAACCUGGAAGGCAACGUCGCAGUGAAGAUCCACAACAGACUUUGGUCAAUGGCCUUCAGGAUGGUGGUUUACACUCUUCUCCAAUUUCGGGUUCAUCCAGGUUGUCUUCUCCCUCACAUCAAAGUAAAAGAAUAGCGUCGCCACAGCCCACAAAUUCAGUUAAUAAUGCCAAUGACUUCUACGAUGCUGAAUUGAAUGCCAGCGAUAGUCAUGUAAGUGGUUCUGAAGCGAACGGGCCCAAUGGAAUACCAUUAGAUGAGAGAAGCAUUGAAGCAAUGGCAGAGAUUGUUGAGCCCCUCAUGAAAAAGCGAAGGAUGAAGGUUAGCCCCUUGGAAAAGCUUUGGGGUCCUAUGGCUCACCUUGCCCACUUGCAAGACAAGGAUAGUACUUACAUGUCUAUAUCAGAAGCAGAGAGUCUUGAAGCAGAAGGAAGUGAUGAGGAGAGUAAUGCCAGUAGCAGCAGCAGUAGUAGUGCAAAGACGGAUGAGGAAGCAAUGGAAACGGGAGAGGCAGAAGCCACAACUUGUCACACUGAAAGUGAAGACACUAAAACCACAGAGGAAACGUUAUGUGGCCAUCAAGUAGGAACCAGUGAAAUGACAUUGCAGGAGGCAGAAAAUCCAGAUGAAGAUUCUAUAAGCAAAGAAUUAAAAGAUGAAAUGCCCGUACCAGCAGAGGCAUGCUCGUCGGAUGUCAUGAAUGCAACAGAGUCAGAAAAGUCAAAUGAUGAAAGCAAUUCUGUAAGUUUGUCAUCCGAUUCAUCAGGUUCUGGAACAAAUCAAGGAAGUCCAGAUUCUGUUGAGGAUAAUUCUGAGCAAGCACAGCCCCAUCCACAGAAAAAGGAAGGUUGCAAGGGUGAGAAAGCUGGAAGCUCAGAAGCAGCUGCAGCAGAUUUAGACACAGCUAAUGAGGCUGAUGAUGAUGUAUCUGAAGGAGCCUCAGCUCAAGAGGAACCAGGCAAAGACAGUCAUGAGGCAGACAGCACUUCACAAACCCAAAGUAAUAAUUUCAGUAGUCAGUCGUCUGCCUCGGGGGUUGGAUCUUCCACCUCCGUCACCUCUUGUUCUUCACCUUCAACGGCAUCGACCUCUGCAGCUUCUGUCACCUCUCCAGUGGCCUCUCCUCCCUCAGACUCGGGAGAUCCCACUACGUCACAGAUCUCGGCAUCUGCUUCGUCCCAGCUAACGGACACCACAUCCACGGAAACCAACGAAGAUUCUGCCGAACCUAACUCGGCACCUUCAGAGGAUGCGUCUACUACGUCUAGUUUACCAGAAUCAGAUUCUGCUGCCGGUGCGACAACAAAUAACGAUGCCACCGAAAGUACAGACAUGGAACUUGGCUGUUGGUGCGAUACCAAAUAGCAACACCUCAAAAAACACAGAGACACUAGUGUGGAAUGACUGAAAGCUUAACAUUUUGUCAGUUGCUCAAGUCCUUUGACAGGUCUAUAUGAUGUCUGAGAGGAGCCAAUGGAACAAGAGUGGAAAAGAAACUGGGUGAAUUUGUGAACAUAUUUUUAUAUGAUUUUAUUGACACAACAGUACCUGCCAUUUGGAAAUGGUUAUACAGCAAGAUACUUUUUUAAGUUUGAUGUGGGAGAGGGGUUGCUAAAUUUUUUUCUACUAGCCAUUUCCUGGCUUCCUCAGACUUCACUCUGGUUUUUUGAGAUGUCCAGCUGACACAAGUUCUAUUUAUCUGAAUGAUAAGCCAAGCUGUAUAAAUGUGAUAAAAAUAGAAAUUAUUUUCACAAAUAUGGAAUUGUAUGUAUGCUGUUUUGAGUUCUUUUCAUUUGACACCAGAUCUCCGUCAUAAUUUUUUAAAGUCAGUGAACAAAAUCAUAAUACAGUAUUGUAGUGAUAGGAAGGUGCUUUUACUGUUUAUUUCUAUUUUCUUUUGUGUAGUCUUCGCCUGAAGCUGCUGCCAUGAUCUAUGCAGUCUUAGGCCUAUACUGUGUUUCUUUGUCUGUGCAUAGGCAACUACUUCAAUCUCUGCAUAGGCUGUUGUACAGUUACUGUAUUUUGUUCCAUAAUUUUAUUUUUGUUUGUUUAUGCAGGAAUUUUCUAAUAUUUAAGAAGUCCCUUCCUAGUGUAGUUUUAUCUUGGUGUGCAGAGUAAUAUUAUUAUAUUUUUUUUCCCUUCAGGGUGGGAUAUAGUUUUUGUUUUUCAAAGAAAGUUGGUAUGUUAAUGAAACCAAAUUUGGUAGAUAGAUUUUUUAAAUAUUAUAUUACACCUUAUCCAAUGAAUUUUCUUUUAUUAAUUUUAUUUAGCAACCUCUUUUAAAUAUUUAUAGUAAAAAGACCUUAAAGAAUCAUUGUAAGAUAGUUGACCUAAUAGGUUAGCAUGGUUUUUGUUUUACCCUUGACAAUACAGUGAACAGCACAGAAUCCA